UCAAUGAAAACAAGUAGCUAAUUAAGUUGGUCUCUCUCUUGCUCUCCGUGACUUUUGGGAAGAAACUCGUGCAGAAGAAGCCUUCUUCUUCUUCUUUUUCUUCUUCUUUCAGUGUCACUCCUGCAUGAUCUUUUAGACACAGAAAUUAAGGAAGAGAAAAAUUCAAAACUAUGGGCUCUGAGCCAAGUCCUGCACCUAAGCUCUCCUUCUUUUCGCUUCCAAGCAAGCCACAAGAGUCACCAGGGUUGUCGACUUCACCAAUACAUACCUUAGCUUCAGUUCCAUUCCUUUGGGAGGAAGCACCAGGCAAGCCUAGACCCUGGACCACCAACCAGGUGCAUCCCAACUCCAAGACUGCAAGAUGCUUGGAAUUGCCUCCGAGGCUGUUUUGUGAGGCCAGAGUCAAUAACAUGCCCUCUCCUACUACUGUCUUGGAUGAACCUUAUUUGAGUGCUCAUCAUCAGUCUCUGUCUCACUCUAGCUCUUUGUCAUUUGGGAAAGGAAGGUCGUUAUUUAGUAGCUUUGAGAACUUGGCCACGAGAGACGGUAAAGGAAGAGUGAUAUUUGGAUCUAGCCGGUGGGGGAGUUUCAGAAGGAAUAAACCAGUUGUUGAGGGUAGUGUUGACUUCUCAUCAUCUCCAGUUUUUGAUCGUCGUGGUGUUGAUGGUGUUACUGCGAAGGUGAAGAUCACUAGGAUAAGGAAAUCCAGCUUCUUGGGUUUUUCUUCUACAAGAUCACACUUGUGGACAGACAUCUAUAAAAGCUUUAAGCAGGUGGCCCCAUGGAGACGCAGGCAGCAGAAAAAUUGACAAAGAUCACAAGCCAGUGAUAAUUGCCAACUUUUGAUCUUCUUGAUUUGAUCACUUCCAAUUCAAAGUGGUGUGCUCUGAUUCCCUGCAAAAUUGGUUGAAAUUUUGUACAUAGGAACAAUGUUAAUGAUAAUAUUUCCUGCUUAAUUAAUUUUGAUAAUGUAAUAAUAUUUGGAUGCUGCCAAAUUUAAUAUCAUCUGAUGUUGCUUAAAUUUACUAAUGUUUGCUUCAA